AUGGCAGCAACCCCGCCCUCGUAUACCAAGCUCACCCACUGUGCCACCUACCCCGCCAUCAAUCCCACCCAGCCUGGCCUUUCCACCGCGGGCAAGGUUGUCCUAAUUACCGGCGCAUCUGGUGGGAUCGGCCAGGCCACAGCCUCCUCUUUUGCUGCAUCGGGUCCCCGAGCUCUUAUUCUCCUCGGACGACGCACCGACGCCCUGGCGCAAGUAGCCAGUGUUAUCCGCGCCAGUUUCACAAAUCGGGAGCUGACAGUUCAGACCCACGAGGCUGAACUGUGCGAUCCUUCCAGUGUCCGCAGUGCCAUGGACAAGGUGGCUGCAGAGUUUGGCGGCAUUGACAUCCUUGUUCAUUGUGCCGGCGCCCUCGCGCCGGUUGUGUCCCUUCUGCAGGCUGAUCCGGCCACCUUUCUGGAUGGCUACAAGACUACCGUGGUCGGCACACUGGUGGCGGCACAGGCGGUUGUUCUAGCAAACAAAACAGGGACAGCCAGCGCCACCGAGGACAAGCCGGUCACCUUUAUCAACCUUACCACGGCCGGUAUCUUGUUCCCCCCGUUCCCAGGCAUGGGCGCCUACGUGAGCAGCAAGAUGGCCGCGGUUAAACUCUUGCAGGCCUUUGCCGCCGAGAACCCGCAAGUACGUCUUCACAAUGUGCAUCCGGGAAUGCUUGAAACAGCCAUGUCGGCCAAGCUGGCGGAGACAAUCCGAUUGCCAUAUGCCUACGACGAUAUCUCUCUUCCUGCCGAUUUCCUGGUUUGGAUCGCCUCCCCGGAAGCCGAGUUUCUUACAAACAAGCUUGUCUUCUCUGCCUGGGACGUGGAUGAGCUCAAGGGUCGCAAGCGGGAAAUUGUCGGUGGCCCGCCAGGAACUGGAGAGCUUUGGAUUGGCUUCCAAGGAUUCCCCCGAUUUAUGGCGGGUCAGCCUCUGCCAGGCACCCAGUAG